AUGCUUGGAUACCCCCUGUCCUCGACCUCGCGUAAGCAAUUAACAAAAGGUUACGACACCAAGAUCCAGAAGACGAUGAAGACGAGGGAAUCCCCAGAGAAACUCCUGCAAGCCUCAUGCCCUUACCUUCCCCCUGAUCGUCCGGAAAGACGCUUAAACUAUCACGAGGCGAACCUUUCGGAAACUCCUGCAAGCCCGCUAGAUCCUCUAGAUCCGCCGACCGACUCCGACUACGGACGAAUCCUCGGCACGAUUGAGAAUUGCGCGUUUAGCGAAACCGCUAUCCUCACCCCUGCGUACUCCCGAGAGAUCGACAACAUCCUCGGUGACAUGAGCGCAACUGUUGCUGCCAGCACGUCCCUCGCUGUGCACAUCAUAAAGACCUACGAAGAUGCUAGAAGACGCCUGCACUUCGUACAGAUAUAG